AAUAAUAAUAAUAAUAAUAAUAAACUUUAAUGAUUUUGUCAAAACAGAAAUGUUUUAUUACAUCUCAUACAUGAAUUAUCCAUUAGAGUAACCAAUGGGAGAAUUUUUUUUGAAAAUGUUUAUAAAUAUGAUGAUUAGCAUUAUUAUUAUUAUUCGUCUAAAUGUAUGCUCAUUUACUUCAUAAUAACAAUAAUCAUAACAAUAAUAUUUAGAUUAUAUUACAGAAUCUCAUAACUACACCCUAAACUAUCAAUAUAAAUAACAAAUAUCAGCAGUUUGUAAAUUCAAAGGAAUGAAUUAGCAUUAUUUUUUUUUGUUGCCAAAUGGAUAUAACUCGACUAUCAUAAACUCCCUCACACCCCCAAAGAAAAACAUAGACUCUACAAAAAUAUCUUCUUUUGUUUUGUUUUUUUAAAUACAGUCUGUACAUUGAUUACAUAAUCUAAGCAACAACUAUACAUCAUUACUGCUAUUAUCAUCAUCAUCACCAUCACCAUCAUCAUCAUCAGUAUUUCAUUUUGUUUUUUGUUUGUACUUAAUUCUUUGGAUGAUAUAAUUUGUUAAAAUAAUGAUGAAUAUAUCAUUAUUAUUAUUGAUUAAUUAUAAGCCAAUUAUUCUAUUAUAUAAUGAAUUUUCAAUGAAAUCUGUGGAGACUACAUGAAAUAGUUUGUAUGAUUAUGCAAUGAAAAUUCAUACUCUUCAUUUUUCACCAUUUACAUGUAAAUAUAUAUAUAUAUAUAUAUUUAUUCAUAAAUUAUCCCAUUCUUAUAUGCAUAUAUAAAGAGAGAUAGAUAGAGAGAUAACUAUAUAAAAAAAAAUGGAUAAUAUACCAGAUCUAUCACAUUUAACUCCAGAAGAAAGAAAAAUUAUUGAAGAUGUAAUGAAUAGACAAAAACAAGAAGAGGCUAAAGAUUCACAACUAGUUAGCAAAACCAUACCUGUAGGAAAUCAAAAUAUCAGAGAUCCAAUCACCACUUCACGCUCAACACAUAUAACUAAUCCCAGUGAAAAAUCUCCAACCAAUAUUGCCACAGUUAAUGGUAAGAAUGUGACUAAACUAUCCUCAAUAAGCAACACAAAUACCUCAUUACCGUUUGGCAAUACAGUAGUCAAUUUAAUGGCUGAAGCUGCACACGCUGUUACUGGAGGCACUACAGGAACCAGUAGUGGUUUUAAUGCUGGUCAUUCAGUGAAUGUAUGUGAAUCAUGUCAUAAAACUAAAUUCGCUGAUGUUUCUGGAAAUCCAUGUAUUUAUUGUAAACGCAGAACAUGCACCAGAUGUGGAGGUCACAUGGAAAUCAAACCGAAUAUGGUUCACUGGGUCUGUAAACAAUGCGCACAAAAUCUUACAUCAGAUAGACAAAUAGUAACAACAUCUGGUGCAAAUUUACCUCAUCAUACGGAAUCAUCAAUAAAUAGUAGUAUUACUGGACGUUUGGGUGAAAGUAUUAGGGAUUUUAUUUCUAAACCAAAAUCAUCAGAUGUUAAAAGGCAAUUACCCCAAUUAAAUGUAAAAAAUCAAAAUGUACCAUAUAUUUCCGAUGGAUCCAGAGGACAAACAAUACAACAUAAAAAUUCACGUCGUACUCUACCAAUGAAUCGAUCAAAUAGUUUAGAUGCAGAUAAAACAGCCUAUAUUAGCCCAGAUCAUUCUGUAUACCAUGGUGAUCAACAGAGACCAUUUGGUGAUAAAUUUGUAAAAUAUGAUCAAAUUCCUGGUGAGUAUGGUCAUAGUGCAAGAUCUAGGCAUACAUCCGGUGCAUAUUAUCCAUCAGAUGAAAUCACUUCAUACAGAGAAGUGAAUAAUCGUUAUCCCCCUAAUGAUCCCCGAUUACAUGGUAAUACCUAUUUGGAUUCUACAUAUCCAGGUGAUUCCUUCCCUUCUGAUCCAUCGGAUUCACCAUGUCAAAGCGGUGGUGGUGAUAGUGGUACAAAAUAUGGUUUUUCUUAUGGAAAAGGUUCAGCACAUGAAUUUGGCAGACAUCAAGAAAUCAGAUAUAGAAGUGAUCAAAAUUUUCCUUCUCAAUCACCAUAUUACAAACAAAACUAUUCAUCUAGUCCUUUUAGUGCACAACGACGAAAUAAACCAAAUUGGGAAACUUAUCGUUAUGGUGCUGUACCACCAAGAUAUCGUGAUCAAUUACGCCAUCAUCAGUUACAUCAUCUUUCAUUUAGUAGUUCAGAUGGAGAAGAUUUCAGUGUUGUUGACGAUGGCUCAGUACUAUAUCAAGAACCAAGACGUCGAUUAUUACCGACAAAUUUUGAAAGAAAAAAUUCACCAUAUUCUCAAGGAACUGUAACAGAUGAUGAUGAUCCAGCUAGUCAAUUUUAUAUUAGUAAACGUUCAACAACACCAUAUUAUGAUAGACAGUUAAAACCAACUGUAUGGGAUCAAGAUAAAGCAUUAUCUUUAUGUGAUGAACCACCGGUAAGAUAUGCGUACAAUGAUGAAGCUCAACCUGUAUAUCAUAGACAACUACCUGAGAAUAGAUCUAUGGGAUAUCAAAAAGAUGUUCAAUACAACCAUAAAGAUGGGACAGUUGUUACAAAAAGGUUACCACCGAAUAUUUCAUCAUCUCAACCAGUAACUUGGAGUGUUUCAGAGAAUGGUAAACGUUUAAUUGGUCAUAUGAUUUUACAAAAGAAAACUGAUCCACAUUUCGGUGAACCUGGAUUAGGUCUUAAAUUAGCUGGUGGUCGACUCGACAAAUCUGGCCGUUUAUCAGCAUUUGUCACACAAAUUAAACCAGGAAGUCCAGCUGAUAUUAUUGGACAUUUAAAAUCUGGUGAUGAAAUUUUAGAAUGGAAUGGACAGCCAUUACGCGGUCUUAGUGCUGAUGAUGUUUCACAAAUCAUAUAUCAGUCAAGAGAUGAAUUACAAGUGGAAUUAUUAGCUCAAAGAGAAUUAAAUGAACCUGAAAACACACCAACUGAUGAUUUUGUAUUGAUGGUUCCGAAUCGUUCUGAUGGUCUUAAUCCGAAUGAAAUGGAUUCUGUUGAGCAUAAUAUUAAAUCUAGUUUACAUAUGAAAUUAUUCUAUGAUGAAAUUAAACAUCAACUAAUUGUCACUAUUCUAGAGGCCCGAAAUCUACCUAAUAUAAAUAAGACUUCUAGAAUGCCAUGUAAUUUUUACUGUCGUUUGUGCCUUCUUCCAGAACAAGUAGAGUACAAUUCACGAUGCACAAAACUAGUCAGUUGUAAUGGUAAUAAUACAAAUCCUGUAUGGAAUCAAGUUUUUCGAUUUACCAAUUUGACAGAUAAUGAUUUGAACAAAUUACAUUUAGAAAUUACAAUAUGGAAUUGUAAUGAAUACUCAGAUGAACAAUAUAAAAUUGGAGAGAUUGUAAUUGAUCUCAGUGUAGCUGACUUAUUAGAUGUUGGAUAUUGGUAUCCAAUAAGAUCAUUUCAUCGUUUCUUUUCUGCAACAGAAUUAUCAAAUAUGAAUCCUGAUGUCAAAUCUGCUCCUUACGAUCUACAGCAAUGUACUACGCAAGUUCCAGAAAGACCAAUUAAAUCAAGAUUUCGUGAAUCAGAACAACAAUGGUCACCGAAAUCUGAGUAUCGUCAUUCCGAUAUACCAGAUGAUAAUACUAGAAAAUUGAAAACCAUACGAGAUGAUUAUUCUGAUAUUGAUGAACGGAGAUUUUCUGCAUCUAUUAGACAGAAUAGGAAAUUUACUGAUCAUGAAUAUUACCAAGAUGGAAAUGAAGAUCAUCAUCGUAGUUCAAGGCUACAUCCUAGUACUCAAAAUUUUGAAUAUGGUGGCCUAGAGGAAAAUGCUAUUCAAUCAGAUGCUUCAGAAUUUUCUGAUCUUUCUGAAUUAUCUAGGAUGAGUUUACAUACAAGUCAAUCAGAUCGUCAACGUAUGGAAUCAAUGCAAACAUCACGUAAAGGAAGUCAACAAUUUGAAACUCCUACACAGUCCUAUAAUGAAAGACAUUCUAGAAAUUUACAAAAACCAGAUAGAUUAGAUCGAAAUUUCCUACCGUCUACUGAACAAUCAACAAGAGCUAGAAGAGAUUCAAAUAGGAUAGAAAAAGAUAUCAUUGUUCCUAAUGAAGAUGAAGAACAUCAUGAAUUAAUUACAAAAGAUAAUAGAAAUUUUGAAAGUGGUUCUAGUCCAAGGAUUUCAUCAGCUGAUAAUUAUGGAAGUGGUCAAGUUUCACGAUCUUUAAUAGACAAUAAAGUAUCUAAUUUUGAAAUAGCUCAAAAUGUUCAUCGAGAUCAAGUGGAUGGAAGGAAAAGGCGACCAAAUAUAGGCCAAAAGUUUUCUAAUGUCCUUGGCCGAUCCAAUAAGAGUAGCAGUACAUCAACUUUAGAUAAAAAAUCAAGAACGAGUUUCCAACGUAGUGAAGAAGUAUUGCCAUUUGGAGGAUAUGGUGCUAUAUUUGAAGGUCAAGAACAAGAAGGGUCAUUUAGUCAUGGAAGAUUAUCAAUGAUGCAUUGUCCAUCAAGUAUAGGUAGUGGAAAAAGUGAUGGUCGAAAUUCUAGAUAUGGUACAAAUUCAGAUACUACUGAUCAAGACAGUGUUUAUAUGGGUCGUAAUGAAUCUCAUGUUGGAGAAUUUGUUGAAGGUCUUGGUCCAGGACAAUUAGUUGGACGACAAGUACUUGGGAUGCCUUGUCUUGGAGAAAUACAAUUAAGCUUUUAUGAUCGUAAAGGUCAUUUAGAAGUUGAAGUAAUUCGUGCUAGAGGUUUACAACAAAAAAAUACAGCUAAACCAUUACCAGCUCCAUAUGUUAAACUACAUUUAUUGGAAGGUAAACAAUCUGUGGAAAAAUUACGAACAAUGUAUCCUCCAAGACGUACAUUGGAUCCACUUUAUCAACAACAAUUAUGUUUCUCAGUUCCAUAUCAUGGGAAAAUUCUUCAAAUCAGUGUAUGGGGUGAAUAUGGACGUAUGGAUAAGAAAGUAUUUUUAGGAAUGUGUGAAAUUGUUCUUGAUGAUUUAGAUUUAAAAACAGUUGUAUUUGGUUGGUAUAAAUUAUUUGGAAUGAUUGCAUCGAAUGCACAACAUCAUCAUCACCAUCAUCAUCAUAAUCAUCAUAAUCAGAAACCACAACAACAGCAACAACAACAACAACAACAAAGACGAAAAAGUCUAUCAUCUUCUUCUACACCAUCAGAUAAUCCACAGAAUAUAAAUAACAAUAAUAAUAAUAAUAAAUUAAUUGGAUCUAAACUUGACAAAUUAACUAAUCGUAGCAGUAGUAUCAGUAGUAGCGGUAAUAAUAAUAAUAAUAAAAAUAAUAAUAAUAAUAAUAAUAAUCAUGAAAGAAAUAAUCGAACAAAAUCUAAAUCAUCACAAGAAAUCAAUAAAUCUAUACAACAAUCAGGAUUCAAUAAAAAUAAUAAUAAUAAUGAUAGAAUACAAUCGAAUUUGAAUAUGAUUUCAUCGAAUUUAAUAAAACGAUAGUAAUGAAUUCAAUGCUCAUUUAUGCAUAGAAAUCAAUGAAUAAAGUGAAUGUGAUCCUUCUUUUUUAUUAUUAUUAUUAUUAACCCAUUCAGAAAUACAUUAUUAUUAUCAUCAUUCUUAAAACAUAUUUUUUAUAGUAACUAUAUAUACAUAUAUGAAAUAACUAUUACAUAAUAUAAAUUAUAUAUUUUCAUUCAACAACAAAAGAAGAAAAAAAAAGAAAGAAACUAAUCUAUUUCACAUUAUUUUUUAUAUGAAUUAUAUAAUUCUUGCCAUAUAAAGUAUAAAUGAUUUGGUUUGGGGGUCAUCCAUUUACCUAUGGUAAUAGAGUAUAUAUAUAUAUAUAUAUAUGUCUGUGAAUUAGAGAUAAAGCAAUAAUAUUGAUUAAAGUUAUAUCUAUUACAUCAUUCUCUAUUUACCAAGUAGAUCAGAGGUACUAUUUUGUUCAAUUACAAAUCUAUCUAUCUAUCUAUCUUUCAUUAAUAGUUAUCUAUAAUCAUCGAAUUCAAUAAAUUCAAUUCUUACAAACAUUUAAUAACUUAGAUUAUUAUUCUAUGUAAAUUUUAAAGUGAAUUAUUUAAUUAAUUCUAUCAUAGAUAUUGAAAAGAACUAUUCCAGGAACACAUAUCUUUGAACAAUUUCUUUCAUUACUUGAAAAAAAGAAAAAAUUAGAAAAAGAAAAUAUUUCAUAACGAUUUGUUAUGUAAUAAGUAUUUAUAGCCGAAUUCUUUACAUAAUAUUUAUUUAAUCAAUUUGUUAUCCUCUUAUCGAUCUAUCUACUUAGUUAUUACCCCUUUUUUUAUAAAAAGAGUAUAUAUAUAUAUCCUUCUUUUUAUUUUCCAUUCUUCAUCUAUAACUAUACUUAUUUAUACAGAUAUAAUAAUUUAUAGAUUCUGGGGCCAUUAAAUUAAUCAUCUUUUUCCCUUCCCCCUCUCUCUCUCUCUUUGAUUUCCUUAAGAUAUCAUUAGAAUUAUUUGUAAUUAAUAAUACACCUUAUGUACUAUUAUUAUGAUUGUUGCUAAGAUAUAUUUGUUUUAAAGCAAACAAAAGUCAUUUCAUAUAAAUGAAUAUCUUAUAUUAGUUCAACAGUGCCAAUAUAUCUUCAAGUAUAAUUUCUCCCACCCUCCCUUUCUGUCUCUCUCUCUCUCUUUGCCUCUAUCUGUAUUCCCUAAUUUUAUCCUAUUCUAUAAAAUCUUUUAUUCUUUAUGUUUUAACCAGUUUUUCAUAAUUGUUCAUAAAGAAUAUUUAAAAAAGAAAAAAGAAAAACAAAACUCCCAGUUGAUCUUUAUUUUCUGUUUAUGAUAAAAUUUAGAUUAGAUUUCCUCAAUAGUUUAAUUAAAAUAUAGUUUGUUUAUCUGUUGAAUUAUGUAAGAAAAAAUAAAUUGAAAGAAAUAAUUUUUAAAAAAAAAUUUUAAAAAGAAAAAAACACAUGGAAACUAUUCACUUGAAUGUUUGUAAAGUCCAUUUUUUUUUUCAUUUAACGUUCACAGAAAAAAUAAUAAUAAUAAUUUCGAAAUUUAUUAUGAUCUGGUUUCUUUUUUUGUUGUUGUUGUUGUUUUUUAGUCAAACUGAUUUAUUUUUUAAAUGAACUAAAGGAGGAAAAUGUGUUGCAUUUUACUCCGACUAAGUGGUUUAUAAUUAUGAUGUAACCUUAUCGAAUGUGUGGCAAUUAUCUACCAAAGAGAAUGGAAGAUGAUCGCUCAAUGUUGUAGAUUAGUUGAAGUUAGAUAUUAACAUUGUUGAAUACUAGUUUAGUGAUUUAGAGGUUAAGUGUUCGCAUGUGAUCAAAUGUCCUGGGUUUGAGUUUCACAUACGGGAUCGUGUAUGAGCACUACUAGGGAUUCCCAUACUAUGACGAAACAGUCAUCCUAUUCUUUCACGUUUCCAAUGGUGGUUUGACAUUGGUUGGUUCAUGGUCUCAUUUAAAAUUACAAUGCUCUUUUUGAAUCUUGAAUGGCCUAGAUUCCCUCUUAUAAGAGGUCAUGUGCAUUGAUUUGCUAACAAGAACCAAUCUAGGCCGAUUCAGUUGUCCAGCAAUUCCCAGUGUUAAACAGUUCUCUAUCUUUUCAAGUUUCAUAUCGUUACUUCAGACUAUUUUUGUUAAUGACAUAUGGUUACAAUCGAUAAUUUCAAAUGGAGAUAAGUAUGGCAUCAAAGGUCAUUUCAAAAUCCACACACGCGUGCUCAACUAACAGAAUUUUUCAGAGGUGAUUCCGGACUUUAUUAUCUUAUGACAAAUAGUUUAAAACUAAGCUAUUCGAAAUCCUGUACACUUG